AUGUCUGGUUCACUUCAUGUUGUUAUGAGUCAAACAGGUUUAUCAUCAAUGAAAAAAUUCAACGAAUUUCAAAUAAAUAAUACAGCAUGUAGCAGUAGGGGUAAUGGCAUCAAUGUUGAUAUUGAUGAAGAAAAUCUCAGUAAUAAUAGUAACAGUCAACAUAGUCUUGAAGAUGAAGGUAUUGGUGACUCAUCAACAUUAUCAAAUAAUCAAAAUGAUGAAAUAACAAUUAAAUUCGCCAUCAAAGAAGCACGAGAUCUACCACAAUCUAAUGCUGAAUAUGUUAUGUGUCGUUAUACGUUUAUAAAUCCAAAAUUAGAUCAAACAAUUCUUUCUGAAAAAUCUUCUACUAAUAAUGAUAGCGAACAAAAAUCACGUCAAUUUUCAUUCAAUCAUGAAAAUGAAUAUAUAUUUCCCAUGACUGAUCAAUUUCUUUCUACAUGUUUCGAAAGUGUUGUAUCAAUUGAAGUUUGGUAUCAAUAUAAUACAAAAUCACAAGCAAAUGAUAUAAUACAAAAUAAUGAAUUUAAUCGACGUAAUAUUUUAAUUCAAGAAAUAAGUCAACAUUGGAAAGAUGUGAAAAGACAUGUACAAUUUUCAGUUGAAAUUCAUGAAUUAGAUUUAUUAGGACAAUGGAAACCAGUUGAAGUUGAUGCUCAAGAAAAAAUUAUUAGUGGUGGUAUUUAUCGAUUAAAACAGGGUCAAUCCAAACGUCUUGUUAUACAAUUACGAAUAAUUCCUCGAUCAGAUCCAAUGCCAUUGUUACUUCAUGAAGUACGAUCUGUUGAAAUAGGUUCAAUAACUACAAAAAGUAUACAUGAACCAUGUCAAUUAGAUUCAUAUCAAGAUGAAGAUUUACAAUGUUUAAGAGCUAAAUGGUUCAGUUAUAUUGAAAAACGUAAAAUUUAUCUUGAAUCACAAAUUAAUAAUUUGAGUGAACAAACUAAUAAAACACAAAUUGAUAUUCAUAGAGAAAGUAUUUUACUUCAAGAACUUGUACGUUUAGCUGAAGAACAUAAUAUUGCAUCAUUUCCACCAUCAAGUAGUGGAAUACCUGGUUGUCCAGCUGCUUGGAAUCCACCUCUAACGAUCGAAACACAUCGUCCAAUUGUAUUUCUGAACCUCGAUCCUCUUGAUAUAAAUAAAUCAAAUAAUACAGCUGGUCUUCAAGCAACAUUAAGCAAGGAAAACAAAACUCCAAUGUUUCAAUUACCAUUAAUUCAUCAUGCAUCUGAUGAGAUUUGUGCUGUUGCUCAAUGGGAUCCAGCAAUUCAUGAAUCAACAACAAUGAAUCAAGUCACACCGAAUGAUACACUUAUUUAUUUGAUUGUUAAAAUUAUUAUAAUGAUUUCUCAACCAGUUCAUAUGGAACUUGUUUUACGUAAACGCAUUGCUAUAACAAUUAGUAAAACAGAAGGAUGGUGGCCGGAAAAAGCACUCAAGAAUAUUCUUGGCUAUAAACCGCAUAAAGGAACAAGUGUUGUUUAUGAAAUAGUAUCACAUAUACCAAAACAUCUUCAUGAUAUUGAAGAUCAAAAAAAUAUUGCUUUUAAAUGUUGUUCAGAUGAUGUUAUUCAAAAAUAUAUUCAAUAUGGUUCAAAUAUUGAUUCAAUUUUAUUACUUGAUAAAUUAAGACAAGAAGUAUUAUUAGCAGAAAAAUCGGCAAAACAACAAACAGUUCCCAAAGCAACAAGUGUACCAAAUAUAACGCAUCAAAAAAGAAUUAGGAAAGCUCAACAAUUGUAUUAUCAAUUUGUAAUGCUUCUAUUUCUACAGAAUUCAAGUAGUUCACCAGCAAAUUCUCGACGAGAAACUAUUCACAAUCAACUUUUAAGUAUUCCUAAUGAAACAACACUAUCAUUAAGUCGAUCGGAAUUAAAUAGUUCAACACCAAGUAUGAUAUCACGUUCAUUAUUUAUUGAAGAAGAACAAUUACAACCUAUACAAACAUCAACUUUUCAAAUAAAACAUACAAUCGAUUUAGAUGAUAAUAAACAACAAGAAAAUGAAAAUACACUUGAACAAAAAUAUGAUAUACUAUUAAGUCAAUCUAUUGAAUCAUUAUCAAAACCAAUAAUCAAUAAUAAUAAUAAUAAUAAUAUCAAUGAAGAUUAUACAAUCGGUUCACGUGUCACUGUAAAUACUGGUCAUUAUAUAUUUAAUAAGCCAGGUACUAUUCGUUUUAUUGGAGAAAUUUCUAUUAAAACAGGUAUUUGGUAUGGAAUUGAACUUGAUGAACCAGUUGGAAAAAAUAAUGGUUCACUUGAUGGACAGAUUUAUUUUGAAUGUCCAGAUAAACGUGGAAUAUUUGUUCGACGUGAUAAACUUCAACUUAUUAAUUAA